UAACCAUCUUCGCUCAGGGACAACCGCUGUUUUUGGAUUCUUCUACCUCCAAAAGGGGUUUCAGAAAGAGAUAUUAAAAGAGCAGAAAGUCAAGUUUUGGAUUCGCUGGAGGAGUUCUAAGGAUGAGGACUCCGGUUGCGAGAGGCUGGGUCUCGGGCGUGGUGGUUUUAGUGGUGACAUGGACCGGAUGCGGACUGCUCACAGGUUGUGAAGGUUCCGACACGGCGCAGAAAUUGUAUGAGACUUUGAUGGAGACCUACAACCCGCUCAUCAGACCCGUUGAGAACACGUCGGAGGUACUGGAUGUACGGAUCGGACUGACUCUUUCCCAACUCGUAGACGUGGAUGAGCAGAACCAAAUCAUGAUUACCAGUAUCUGGCUGAAACAAAAGUGGAAUGAUUACAAACUAUCGUGGAAUCCAGACGAUUACGAUGGACAGACACGUAUGUACCUUCCAGUUGACCAAAUAUGGAAACCAGAUAUCGCUCUGUAUAACACUGCAGAGGGAAACUACGCAGUUGACGUCGUGAACAGCGCCACCGUGAAAUAUGACGGUACAGUCCUAUGGAAUCCACCUGUUAUCUUCAGAAGUUCCUGCAGCAUUGAUAUCUCCUUCUUUCCAUUCGACGAGCAGCGCUGCAAGAUGAAGUUUGGUACCUGGACGUACGACGGCAGCGUGGUGGACCUAAACCCAUUGAGCCACCGUGUUGAGAGAGAGAACUACCGGCCGAACGGUGAGUGGGACAUCGUGGAAUCACCCAUCGAGAAACACGCCAUUAAGUACCCGUGCUGCACUGAAGUGUACCAAGACGUCACGUAUACUUUCGUGCUGCAUAGGAACCCGUUGUUCUACGUCAUCACGCUGGUGCUACCGUGUAUUCUUAUCGCUCUAUUGACUGUCUUAGUAUUCUAUCUUCCGUCAGCGGCUCAGGAGAAGAUCACGCUCUGUAUCUCAGUUCUCCUCGCCUUGAUUGUGUUCUUGCUCCUUAUCCCGUCCAUCAUCCCUCCGACCUCCACCACGGUGCCUCUCAUUACGCGCUACAUGCUCUUCACGAUGUCCAUUGUAUCCAUCUCUAUCGUGGCCACGGUCUGGACAAUCAAUGUCCACUUCCGGAACACCAACACCCACACCAUGGGGCGGUUUACCCGCUUGGUCUUCAUGAACUACUUGCCCCGGCUGCUGCUGAUGGAUCGUCCGGGUGCCGCAGAGGAGCGUAAGGCGAAGGAGAAGCAGAAGCAGAUGGAGAGGGCAUUGAUCCGUAGCAACGCAUCUUCGUCCUUCGUGUACACACCAGCAGACGAGGCAGGGCAGCGCGGUAAGGGGCCCCGUGGCUACGGUAAGAUGACCGGGUCCUCGUCCACGAUGUCACCGUCCCUACGAGAGGAGAUUGAGUACCGGGAGAGAGGCCACGACAUGCAGAGAUACGAUGAAUACAAACCCAUCAGGAAGGAAUGGGGAGAUCUACUGGAGGGUCUUCAGUAUAUUCAGCACAACUUGGAGGAAGUUGACAAAGUGGAUGAUUCAGAAGAAGAAUGGAAGUUCAUUGGUCUGGUGAUAGACAAGCUUCUCCUAUGGAUCUUUCUCAUCACAGCUACCUUCGGCACCGUUGGUUUCUUCAUUCAAGCUCCCAUCUUCUGGGAAUCCCCAGAUCUUCACAAGAGCGAAGUCUACGAAGACCCUAUUGUUCUGCUAAGUGCCGGUUACUACGACUUGUUCCCCACUGUCCCUACCUCUGAGGUCAUCCCUACAGUUUCAACAUAGGGGUUUUGGUUCCCAGUUACUUUGGUAUAGACUUUUAUCACGCUGCCUCCAUCUUAGUCUUGUUCCUUGUAUCGAAUAACAAUACUGAAUGCUUAUAACCAUUUUGCAAUAGGAACCAGACUAUUUUUUCCUUCCAGCCUCGGUUUGGUUACAUUAAUAUAAAAGGGAAAUAUUCAAGAUGGCUGCACCAUGAUAAAGGUCUAUUGGGGCCCAUUGUGGAUAAUGGGUACAGGUGCUUCCAUAGUGUUUUAUAAAUGUAAUAACUGUAUCAAACUUGCACCAUCCCGAAGCCCCUUGCACUGACGUCACACGCAACUAGGGUCUGUCCAGACUGGUACUAGCCUGAACAUCUGACGUCACACUUCGAGGCUCGUGAAUUACGGCCAUUUUGCGAAACCACGGCUUCGACUUUGGAUUCGGCUUCAGGCUCCGUCCGCUCGUCUGAAGCCCUGGGCGCUUACCAAAAGCACGCGCAAUUUGUCAAAACAACCGCGGGGCCAAGCUAGCCUGAGUCGAAUUUAGAGCCAAAUCCGUGGAUUCGAAAAGGGCC